AUGGCUGCGCCGACUCAGCUUGCUUACCGCACUUCCAAGCACAUCGGUGUCUUCGAUGCUGCCCCGGUCUACGAGCCUCUCCCGGGCUUCCAGCGCCCCGAUGGCAACCUCCGCUGCUGUACAUACUCCCCAGAUGGCCGCUACUUUGCAUGGGCAUCGCCGGACAAUGUCAGCGUAGUGGAUGCCUCCGUCGGACAUGUAGUGACCACUCUGCCGGCACAGAACGUCUACGAACUAGGCUUCUCGCCAGCUGGUACGUUCAUCAUAACUUGGCAACAGCCCACCAAGGACGCAGAGGGCAACGCGACCAAGAACCUCAAAGUAUGGCGCACCAUCGACGACAACGCGGGCGAACGCGGUGAAAGAGCAGUGGUAGGACAAUUUGUGCAGAAGAGGCAGACUGGCUGGAACUUGCAAUACACCCCUGACGAGCAGCUCUGCGCUCGUACCGUCACCAACGAAGUGCAGUUCUUCCAGAGCCAGGACAUGAGCACGGUUUGGAACAAGCUGCGCGUCGAAGGUGUGGCCGACUUUGCGCUCUCUCCGGGCAAGAAGCAUUCAGUUGCUGUCUUCAUCCCAGAGCGCAAUGGUCAGCCAGCAGCUGUCAGGGUCUACAACGUGCCCGACUUCAAUACCAUCGUUUCACAGAAGACGUUCUUCAAGGGCGACAAGGUGCAGCUGAAGUGGAACCAAGAAGGCACCAGUCUGAUCGUGCUGGCCCAGACUGAGGUCGACAAGAGCAACAAGAGUUACUACGGAGAGACGAACAUGUACAUCUUGAGUGCCAACGGAGGCUUCGACUCCAGGAUCACGCUGGACAAGGAGGGACCUAUCCAUGAUGUGUCGUGGUCACCCAACUCGAAAGAGUUCGGUGUCGUCUACGGCUUCAUGCCUGCGAAGACCACCAUCUUCAACCAGCGUGCCAUCCCACAGCACAGCUUCAACUUGGGCCCCCGCAACACUAUCCUCUUCUCUCCACAUGGUCGCUUUGUUCUUGUUGCCGGCUUUGGAAACUUGGCUGGCCAGAUGGACAUCUACGACUUGGAGAAGAACUACGAGAAGGUGUGCACGAUCGAAGCUAGCAAUACCUCAACCUGCGAUUGGAGCCCUGAUGGCAAGCACAUCCUUACCGCGACGACGAGCCCACGACUCCGUGUCGACAACGGUAUUCGUAUCUGGCAUGUUGGUGGUGGCUUGAUGUACAACGAAGACAUGACUGAGCUGUAUCACGUUAUUUGGCGACCACAGUCGACGUUGCAGCACCCAUUGGAGAAUCCGCUGCAUCCAGUGCCGACUCCACACACUUCUGCCUUGGAGUUUCUAGGCAAGGCCAAGACGCCCUCGAAGCCAGCUGGCGCGUACCGUCCCCCCGGUGCGCGUGGCACUGCUACGCCGCUAGCGUUCAAGCGUGAGGAUGAAGGAGGCGCUGCGUUUGUGAGAGAGAUGAUGUCGGGCAAACAAGAAGGACCGCUUACCUUUGGCGCUCGUCCUCGACGACGUGAAGUGCCUGGCGCCGAGACCGUUGCUGGUGACCUACCACCUGGUGCGGCCCCUGGCGGCGGUGUCAGUCUCACCGAGGGCGACGAGAACCUGAGCAAGGCGGCCCUGAAGAACAAGAAGAAGAGAGAGGCUAAGAAGGCUAAGGAUGCUGAAGCCAAGGCUGACGGACUCGCACCUACCCAGAACGGUGAGGGUCAACAAGGCAACCGUGACCGACCACGCAGCCGCUCCAAUGCGAACGCUAACGGCGUCAACGGACGCGGCGGCGGCAACCAGAACUCGCGUCCACAAUCACGUCGCCGCGAUGGGAGCCGUCAGCGUGGACCACCUGUCAGUGUCCACACGUCGCUUCCUAAGCAGACGGCCAAUGGCGCUCCGGCAGGUGCACCCGCUGCACAGCAAGCUCCUGCCCCUGCUAUCGAGGUUAAGAGCCCGGACAAUCAGUCACCGCAGGAGAAGAAGACUCGCUCGCUGCUGAAGAAGCUACGCGCUAUCGACGACCUCAAGAUGAGGCAGGCGGGCGGUGAGAAGCUGGAAGGUACGCAAGUGCUCAAGAUCGGCACAGAGGAGCAAGUGAGGAAGGAGCUCACCGCGCUUGGCUAUACUGGUGAUUAG